AUGGCCACCUCUCGCGUCGUGAACUUCGGGGCAGGACCGUCGGCGCUCCCAGCGUCUGUGCUCGAGCAAGCCGCCCAAAGUUUGAUGGACUUCCAAGGCACAGGCAUUGGAAUCGCCGAGAUCUCCCACCGCUCGAAAGAGUUCACGUCGUUCCUCACCGGCCUCGAGUCGCGCAUUCGUGCUCAGCUGUCCGUCCCGCCUACCCACUCGAUCCUCUUUACCCAGGGCGGAGGCUCGGCACAGUUUUCCGCAGUCGUCUACAAUCUCCUGGCGCGACACCGUCUGCUCCAUCCCGAGCUCACCGAUGAGCAGCGUACCAUGGACUACGUCGUCACCGGCUCGUGGAGCAAGAAGGCGGUCGAGGAAGCUAGACGUCUGGGCGGCGGUGCGGUGAACGUCGUCGUCGACGCGCGGAAAUACUCGAAAGACGGAAAGUCAUUCGACAAUAUCCCCCCUCACAGCGAGUACACGUUCUCUCCCGAUCCUGCGCUCAUCUACUACUGCGAGAAUGAGACUGUUGACGGGGUGGAGUUCUCCCACGACGAGGCCGCGCCGACAUCCUUCCCAUAUCAGCUUCUCAAAAAAGGAGCCCUGCUCCCUCUCGUCGCCGACUACUCGUCCUCCUUCAUGUGUCGCCCUAUUCCCAAUCUUGCAGACCAUGCCGUCAUCUUCGCCGGCGCUCAAAAAAAUAUUGGUCCCGCUGGUCUAACGAUCUUGAUUGUGCGCCAAGAUUGCCUCGUCGAUACGGACGCCGCAGCCAAGAUCGGUGCCGCACCAGUGCCGUUGACAAUGUCUUACAAGACCCUUGCCGACUCCAAAAGCUUGUAUAAUACGCCGUCCGUGUUGCCGUUGUACAUCUCUGGCCUCGUCCUCGAACGAAUGGAACGAUUGGGUGGUAUCAAGUAUUACGAGGAGUUGAACAGGCGGAAAUCGGGCAAAGUCUAUGCCGUACUGAAAGAAGGAGAAGAGAAGGGAGUCUUUCAGAAGAAAGUGCAAGACGGUUCUGAGAGUUGGAUGAAUGUCGUGUUCACUUCUCCAAAAGAAGGCUCGGAACAGCGCUUCCUGGAUGGUGCAGAGAAGGAGGGAAUGAAGGGCCUAAAAGGGCAUCGCUCCGUCGGCGGUAUACGCGUCUCUCUGUACAACGCGGUCACUGAAGAAGAGACGGACAAGCUUGUUAGCUAUAUGAAGGAGUUCAUCGCUCAGGAGGCCUCUUAG